AUGGGAGAAGAGGCAUACUGUCUUUCUCAUGUUCUUUUUGUCUGUUCUCUGGAACAAAGGCAGAGGACCGAGGCUCCGAGCCCGGACACCGCAGCCACGGUCCCGCCGCCUCCUUCUUUCUGUGCAAACCCGCUACUUAACAAGUGCUCGGUCCCCAGAACUAGCCGCCCCGAAGAACUCCUCCUAAAACUGACCUCCAAACACACUUCAAAAUCUCAGGAUUUGGGAACUGGCAACUACUGGCAACAACUCCCAAGGCCUCUUGCCGCGCACGCUCUGGGAAACCCCGAGAGUUCCCUUCCUAAUAAGACUAGCUGA